UAUGAUAAUCUGUAUCUUCUUGUAUCUUAGGAUAUAAAAAAGCCGUCACACCUUAAUUCAGUUAGUCAUGUAUUUAUCUAAUCACUGAGAUAUUAUAAUAGGAUAUUUUUACGUAUACGAAAUAUUUGUUCUCUUCGAGUACAGAUAGAAUAAGUGACAGGCAAUGAAGGAAAUUUACCUAAUCGCCAUCGCCUUCCUGGCAUCUUCGACGGUGAGCACCGCGAGUAAAUUACCGAUUUUCUUUGAGGAUGAAUGUCCAGCGGUUGAUAUUUGUCCGCCGAAAUUAAUAUCUCAUGAAUCGGAUUGCUCUCGAUACUAUGAAUGCAUCGGAGGUGUAAAGCAAAUACGCAAUUGCGCGCCCGGUCUGUACUUCAGUAAAAGUUGGCGUGGUUGCGUCAGGCGGGAGAUUUCAGAUUGUGUAAAUCUAGAUUGUGUAAAUGGGGAACAGUUGCCACACGAAUGCAUGUGUACUGCUUAUUAUAAGUGCAUAAAUGGUCACAAAGCCCGACGUGACUGUCCACCCGGCCAAGUUUUUGAUAAGUCCACGCGAAACUGCAAAGUAGGUAGUUGUGGGGCUACAACAAUGCAAAAGCCGGAAACGUUGCUGCUUUGCAAGGAAGGUGCAUUUAUGCCACACGAAUGCCAGUGCGAUAAAUACUACGAGUGCAAAAAUGGACAGAUUGCUUUGCGUGAAUGCGGAAAGGGACGACAUUUCGACAAGAGAACGUUAAUUUGCGUUAAUGGCGAAGGUUGCGGAAAUAUGAUAAACAUAAAGCAAAUCUAAAAAGAGAUGUAUGGAUAAAUGUUGGUUGCGAGAAAUCAGAACCUGGCGAUUACUCCAAGGAUAGUCCUCCAAAAUGGCGUCAUAAAUGCGACUGCAGAUUAUGGUACCGAUGCAAAGAUGGCAAGAAGAAAAUAUACGAAUGCAAUUGGAGAGAUCUCUUUGGGCUAAGGGGCAAUGCGCUGCCGCGGCAAACGUGGACUGUACAAACUGAGACAACUGAGCAAAGGUGACCAUCGAUUUUGGAGAAUAUGUAAAAAAAUUGAAUAAAUUAUAUGCUAAAAUUAAAUUAUAGUAUUUGUAGGAGUAGAUAAUUUGGUUAUGGUAUUUUAAUAAAUUUAAUAAUCUCAGAUUAUUGA